AUGGCCCCAACCAAGCAGGUUAAGACUUCGGUCGCCACCAAGGACCAGAUCCUCGUGCCAGAGACUCUUCUCAAGAAGCGCAAGUCGCAGGAGAAGGAGCGUGCCGAGAAGGCCGAGCAACGCGAUGCCCGCAAGAAGCAAAACAAGGAGAAGCGUGCUCAGAUCUUCAAGCGUGCCGAGUCCUACGUGAAGGAGUACCGCGACCAAGAGCGCGAGAAGAUUCGUCUCUCGCGCGUGGCCAAGUCUGAGGGCUCCUACUACGUCCCAGCCCAGCCAAAGCUCGCCUUCGUUGUCCGCAUCAAGGGUAUCAACAAGAUCGACCCCAAGAAGCGCAAGACCCUCCAGCUUCUCCGUCUCCUUCAGAUCAACAACGGUGUCUUCAUUCGCCUGACCAAGGCCACUUCUGAGAUGCUCAAGAUCGUCGAGCCAUUCGUCGCCUACGGUUACCCCAACCUGAAGUCUGUUCGUGAGCUCAUCUACAAGCGCGGAUACGCCAAGACCAGCCAGAAGCACCGCAUCCCUCUUACCGACAACGCCAUCAUUGAGGAGCACCUUGGCCAAUACGGUAUUGUCUGCAUGGAAGACCUGAUCCACGAGAUCUACCAAGUCGGACCAAACUUCAAGCAGGCCUCCAACUUCCUGUGGCCAUUCAAGCUCUCGAACCCAACCGGUGGCUUCCACAAGCGCAAGUUCCUCCACUUCAUUGAGGGAGGUGACCUCGGUAACCGUGAGGAGUACAUCAACCAGCUCAUCCGCCAGAUGAACUAA